AUGGAUGCUCAUGCGCUUCUUUCCUCUCAAGGAUGGCGAGGUACCGGUCACUCCCUCCAUAAAACCGACGACUCGAUCGGACUUGCGAAACCUCUACUCCUGAAUCGCAAAGACAAUACCAAAGGAUUGGGCCAGAAACAGCAUUUCACCAGCGAUCAAUGGUGGAUGAAUGCAUUUGAUGAGCAACUCAAAGGCAUCGACACGUCCAAGAAUGGAAAAGUGGUUCAGACUGUCACGACCGGCAAACUCAACAUUAUCGACAAGAACCUCGGCAAAUACUCUGUAUAUUCGACAUUCGUCCGAGGCGGAUUCCUUGAAGGAACACUAGAUAGACUCAACAUCAAAGACUCGAGCGCUGAGUCAUCCGAAACCGAAUCCAGCGACCAGCAAGAAGACAAGUCCAGCAAGGACAAGCCCCGAAAAGAAACCAAGGAGGAGAAGAAAGCUCGCAAAGAAGCCAAGAAGAAGCGCAAGGAGGCACGUGCAACGAAAAAGGCAGAAAAAGCUGCGCGCCGGGAGUUGAAGUCGAAGUCGAAAAAGUCAUCUAAAUCUUCCAAGUCUUCAGCCGAAUCGAGCGACGCAGACGAGGAAAAGCGACGGCGUCGUGCAAAGAAAGAAGAAAAGAGAAGACAAAGGGCAAAAGAGGCUGGAAAAUAA